AUUUUACAUGCAAAAUGAUCUUAUAUCAAAGACAAACAGAAUACAUCGCAAUAGAUGUGAAUGUGAUUAAAAACAUCUUUAUUCUGUAAUGUUCAAACUGUCUAAAACUUGGAAGAUUUCGUAAUUUCUCUUUCAACCAAUGAAAGAGCUAUCCGGGUGCUAUUUUUAGAAUGCACGGGUACAACGUAUAAAUACCACCGACCUCGAGUGAGAUGUUCACAGUAGACGCGUACAGAGAAUAAGCGCUGCAUAGGUAAACCAGCUCAUGGAUUCGAUUGUCAAACGGAUAAAUUUGGAUUUAACACAAGAAUUUGAGCACAAUAAAUAAGCUAUUAUAUUUUUGAUGCCCCCGUAGCUUGCAGUUGCAACUUUUUGGGCGAGAUUUUACCGAUUCACCGAAACAAAAUAAUAUGGCUGCGAUUAGGAAAAAGUUGGUCAUCGUUGGAGAUGGUGCUUGUGGAAAGACGUGUCUGCUCACAGUAUUUAGCAGAGACCAGUUCCCUGAAGUCUACGUCCCAACAGUAUUUGAGAGCUAUGUAGCUCAUAUAGAAGUAGAUAGCAAACAGGUUGAAUUAGCAUUAUGGGAUACAGCAGGUCAGGAAGCCUACGACAGACUGAGACCGCUCUCAUAUCCAGACACAGACGUUAUACUCAUGUGCUUUGCUAUCGACAAUCCAGACAGUUUAGAAAACAUCCCUGAGAAAUGGACACCAGAGGUCAAGCAUUUCUGUCCCAACGUGCCCAUCAUCCUGGUGGGUAACAAGAAGGACCUUCGUAACGACGACAACACCAAGAUGGAGCUGCAGCGGACCAAGCAGACCCCCGUCACGUACGACGAAGGUCACCAGAUGGCGGUCAAGAUCAAUGCUGCCAAGUACAUGGAGUGUUCGGCCAAGACCAACGAUGGGGUGAGGGAGGUCUUUGAAACGGCCGCAAGGGCAGCACUGCAGAGCAAGAAGCGCAAGAAGAAGCUUUCAUGCAAUAUCUUCUAAGACAUCGUGUAAGAUCUUCUAAGACAUCGGACAAUGAUCAAACUGUGUCAGUCAAACUAAGCUUUUAUUAUUAAAAGGCACAUGUUUCAGUAAACUUUGGAGCUAUUGAAGUGAGCGUGUACAUGCAGGAAUUUUUCAAGAAGACAAUAGGAGGGAUGUGUACAUUGCAGGAAGAGCAUAUGGACCAGAUGCAUUUACCACAACAUAACUCUACAUUGAAGAUGCGACCCGCGGUGACCUCAGAUACCAAGGUCGCACUGGAGUUUGUGAACUCUACUACACCUCGUGGCUAGUGUCUUGAGAUUUUUACAUAGAUCUUCAGGCGGAUGUAACCAUUUUCUUUGUAGAGAUAAUUUGGCCAGCUGAGCUCUCUCUCAUGUAUUACUACGUCUAAUUAUCCAGAAAUUUAAAAAAAAAUAGAAUAGACUGUAGGCCUAGUAAAUGGAACAGCUUUUCUUUCUGGGAUGAGUGUUUCACAUUGAGUUUAGUACCUGGAAAUAAGUUAAUUUUCUUGUGUAUCAUUUUAAGCAGUCAAGCUUGAUGCGCAUCCAUGAUGUGAUAAAUAAAGCAAAGCACUAAAUAUGCAAUAUAGAUUCGUAAUUAUUUCAAUUGUGAAACACAAAAUAUUGUCUAUUGAGAGCCAGAAGAGUAUUAUUGCCUCUUUUAAACAUAUUCGUAUGAGAGGGAAUCAACACCUUUUCGGCUCUGAACCAAAAUUAUGCUCUGUUGCUUAAUACUCUUUUCUCAGUCUUGAUGUAAAAUGAUUAUCCUCUGUUGAGAGCCAGAAGGAAGUAAACUCUGUACCGGUAUCAAAAGGAUACGAGUUAGGACCCUUCUAGCUCGUUUGAGCAGGCGAUAUAUGUUCCUGUAUGCAAAGACACCGAUUGCAACAGCUCUAGUAUUUUUCUUAAGAAAUGGUAAUUCAUAAGAAAGUUACACAAAAGUCAUGUAGAGUGUAUGUAUACAGUAUAUAUGUAGGGAAGGCUCCUUUUGUUUUCCUCCCAGUUUCCAAAGUUAAUUAGGAUUCUUAGUAUUAAUGGUGAUUCACUACGUAAUACUUAUGGAAUUGAUUGUGGACGCUUUCAUGUUUGAAACUAAGCAAUACAAACUCAACAACAAGAGCAUUAUGGAAAUGAUCAGAGAAAUAAGCUAAAAAAUGCUACUGUGAAUGGCAUAUUCUUGUAAAUUAUCAAAAGAGUGUGUGUGUGGGUGUGUGAGAGAGAGAAAGAGAGAGAGAGAGAGAUUGACAUCCUUUUCAAGUGUGCCUACAUGUAUAUUGUAAUGAAGCGACCUUCAGAAAAUUGCCUUAUUAAAAUGUUUUUUUCUUAAAACAUGAUAUUCUUUUUUUCACAAUGUGCCUUUUCAAACUGAAAUGCCAUCAUGAGAUUUUAUUGUGUGUAACUUUUGCAAUUGAUAAUUUGUUAAGAAAUUAUUCAGGGUUUUGGGAGGUGAAAUUUUUGUACAUUUUCUUUCAGCUGUGAUGGGUGUAUGUUCUUUACAUUGCCAAGAGGUGAAAAAGGGGGAUUUCUUUGCCAACGCUUUCACUUGUGUUUUUGCUUGUUUUCUAUUUUCUUGUUGUGAAGUAUACAAAUACACAGUACAUGGUAACUAUGGAAACACGAUCUGAGUGUAAUCUAUACAAUAUACAGUGUACAUUAUGUGGUGGAAGAUGACUGCAUCUUGGUGCCUUUUUGGUUUUCUUCCAUUUGUCUCAAACUGUUCAAGGCUCGUAUGAAAAAAACUACAGCUGCUUCAAAGAUUGUCAUAGCGGAAUGUACAUACAUGUAUGGCAUUGAACAUUAUGAUGCAUUUUGCAAUUAAUAAAUGUUUAGUAAAUCAGAGAUCUUGAAUGGCAAACUUACUCGCGGUCUAGCAGAUUCAAUUUCUUGACAAAUUGCGAUAAAUGUACAUACUGUACAUGUACAUACAUGUACAAGUAUUCUCCAAUAUUUUGUGUGCAGGAUGAAAAAAGUCACCAAAGAGGCAGAAAAGUUGCAUCUGGGCCCUGUUUCACAAAACUUGUUAUCAAUAACAAAUUUGCCUUAAGCCGAUCAUAUGGUUUUAGUAGCUUAUAACAGUUAUUGAUAUCAAGUUUUGUGAAACAGGGCCCUGAUCUUUGAGCUCAUACCCUAGUGGUUCUGUAGAUGUCUUUCAUUACAUUUUGUACAAACAAAAAUUCAGUAUUUCUAUUUCAUGAUGCAG